UCCCCCACCCCUCCGUCUCUCUCUCUCUCUCUCUAUCUCUCUGAACUUCCCUGAAUUUUUUCCUUUCCCCGCAUCGAUGGACUUCAACCGGAGCCAGGAUCCGCAGCAGGACAUCCAGGAGAAGAAGGGCCAGAAGAGGAAGCUGGAGGACGAGGCGGCCGCGGCGGCGGCCGCCUCCGGCGACGGCGAGAUCUCCGCCUCCGCCGGGGACGGCGGCCGGCAGUCGCUGCUCCGGGAGGUGGCCGCGCAGGUGAAGGUCCUCGAGUCCGCCUUCUCCUGGGCCGAGGCCGAUCGAGCCGCCGCCAAGCGCGCCACGCACGUCCUCGCCGAGCUCGCCAAAAACGAGGAGCUGGGGAGCUUGCUUGUUGACGGCGGCGUGGUUCCGGCCCUGGUGAAGCAUCUACAGGCGCCGCCGUCGGCGGAAGGCGACCGGAGCGCGAGGCCGUACGAGCAUGAAGUUGAGAAGGGAUGUGCUUUUGCGCUGGGUCAUCUGGCUGUUAAGCCAGAGCUUCAACAACUUAUAGUCGACUGUGGUGCCUUACCACAUCUAAUAGAUCUGUUGAAGAGGCAUGAAGAUGGUUCAACCACACGAGCUGUCAACAGUUUAAUUAGGAGAGCGGCCGAUGCUAUCACUAACCUCGCUCACGAGAAUAGCAGCAUCAAGAUUCGUGUCAGGAUGGAAGGUGGGAUUCAACCUCUAGUAGAAUUGCUAGAUUUUAGGGAUACCAAAGUGCAAAGAGCUGCUGCUGGUGCAUUGCGUACCCUGGCUUUCAAAAAUGAUGAAAACAAGAAUCAGAUUGUGGAGUGCAAUGCUCUUCCAACGCUCAUUUUGAUGCUCCGUUCUGAGGACGCUGCAAUACAUUAUGAGGCGGUUGGUGUCAUUGGCAAUCUGGUACACUCAUCUCCGAACAUUAAAAAAGAAGUUCUUACUGCCGGGGCUUUACAGCCUGUUAUAGGACUGCUAAGUUCUUGCUGUCCUGAGAGCCAAAGGGAGGCAGCCUUGCUCCUAGGGCAGUUUGCUGCUGCUGAUUCAGACUGUAAGGUUCACAUUGUCCAGAGGGGAGCUGUUCGUCCUUUAAUCGAUAUGCUUCAGUCCGACGACUUUCAGCUGAGGGAAAUGUCAGCAUUUGCAUUAGGGAGAUUGGCUCAGGACUCUCAUAAUCAAGCUGGUAUAGCUUAUAAUGGUGGCUUGAUUCCAUUAUUGAAGCUUCUUGAUUCAAAAAAUGGGUCCUUGCAGCAUAAUGCUGCCUUUGCGCUUUAUGGACUUGCAGACAAUGAGGACAAUGUCUCCGAUUUUAUUAGGGUAGGAGGUGUUCAAAAGCUGCAAGAUGGAGAAUUUAUUGUCCAGGCUACGAAAGAUUGUGUUGCCAAAACUUUGAAAAGAAUUGAGGAGAAGAUUCAUGGCCGAGUUUUGAAUCAUUUACUAUAUUUGAUGCGUGUAGCAGAGAAGACUGUUCAAAGACGUGUUGCUUUGGCUCUUGCUCAUCUCUGUUCUCCAGAUGACCAGCAAACAAUUUUUGUUGAUAACAAUGGGUUGGAGCUGCUUGUUAGCCUGCUUAUUUGUUCAAGCCCUCGGCAGCAACUUGAUGGUGCUGUGGCAUUGUUCAAGUUAGCUAACAAAGCAAUGUCUCUUUCUCCUGUUGAUGCAGCUCCUCCCUCUCCAACGCCACAGGUUUAUCUAGGGGAGCAGUAUGUGAACAACUCUACCCUGUCUGAUGUAACAUUUCUAGUUGAAGGAAGACGGUUCUAUGCACACAGAAUUUGCUUGCUUGCUUCUUCUGACGCAUUUCGUGCAAUGUUUGACGGUGGAUAUCGGGAGAAAGACGCUAGGGACAUAGAAAUUCCAAAUAUCAGAUGGGAGGUUUUUGAGUUGAUGAUGAGAUUUAUAUACACUGGUUCAAUUGAUGUUACGCUGGAAAUUGCUCAAGAUCUCCUCAGAGCUUCUGAUCAGUAUCUCUUGGAGGGACUCAAGCGACUUUGUGAAUAUUCCAUUGCACAGGAUAUUUCGUUGGAAAAUGUCUCCAGCAUGUAUGAACUUUCAGAAGCCUUCAAUGCUAUUUCCUUGAGGCACUCAUGCAUAUUGUUCAUUCUGGAGCAUUUUGACAAAUUGAGACCUGGGAUUUUCCAUCUCAUCCACCGGAUACUACCAGAGGUCCAACAGUACUUUGUGAAAGCACUUACUAAGUCUAACCAGCGCAGUACCUUGCGGCUUUAAGACCCCGUGGUUUCGCUCUCCCUACUCUAACCGAUUGUUGUACAGGAAGUGGUAGAUUUAUGAGCAGUUGGUAGCAGGUGGAUGGCUCUAACUGUUUGAUAAUUGGAAGACUCGCAUUCUUUUCCGGACGCAAGAUGUGGACUCCCUGUAAGUCUCCACACAUUUUUGUUGUAAGGUGUAACUGGGAUGAUGCUCUUCCCAUUGUUUCCGAAAUCCAAGCAUGUAGCCAUGGAUUAUAAAAACUCCAAUCCUUAAACGGCAGUGUUAGCGUUUUGAGUUAGCUUUUGCCGACGUGCGUUCCAUGAAUUGAAAUGGGAUGCUUAAGUGAACGUAAGAAAAGGGAUGGACUCUGUUGACUGUUUUCUCGAAACGAAUGAAGACGAUAUAUAUCAUGUCA